GUAAAAUGACCUAUUUGCCCCUGAGUCCUGUGUCCCGAGCCAUGCCCUGCGACGCUGCGUGCGUGACACACGAGACGAGGCCAGAUGCUUUGACGGCCUGCCCUUCUCCCCCAAUCUUCCGCAGCACACCACUGCUCCAACCAAGCUACUAGAAAUACUAGCUCUCUCCUGUCUCCAUCUCCACUCUCUGCCUGCUCAAAGCUACAAGCUCCGAUCCAACAAGCUUCCAAUGGCGACCAAGAUCUACAUCGUGUACUACUCCACGUACGGCCAUGUCGCGACGCUGGCGGAGGAGAUCCAGAGGGGCGCCGCGUCCGUCACCGGCGUCGAGGCGACGCUGUGGCAGGUCCCGGAGACGCUCUCCGGCGAGGCGCUGGCGAAGAUGGGCGCGCCCCCGAAGCGGGCGGGCGUGCCGGCCAUCGCCCCCGCGGAGCUCGUGGAGGCCGACGGCGUCCUCUUCGGGUUCCCCACCAGGUUCGGCAUGCUGCCGGCGCAGCUCAAGGCGUUCCUGGACGGCACCAGCGACCUCUGGUGCGAGCAGAGGCUCGCCGGCAAGCCCGCGGGCAUCUUCUGCUCCACCGGCUCGCCGGCGAACGCGGGCGCGCAGGGGCGAGCGGCGCGAGCAGGGAGAGGGGAGCGGGGCGAGCGGCGCGACCGGGCGAGCGGGGACCGGAGGCGAGCGCCUGGAGAAGAGAGGAGAAGGGGUCGGGAGGGAGGGCAGGGUGGGAAGAAUCGGGAGAAUCGCCGUCGGCGCUCGUGAUGGAGAAAAUCGAGACUUACGUGCAAUGCGGUGGUGGGGAGAAUCGAGUGGUCGAUUCCAUCCGAUUUUAAUCGGAGCGUUUGGGUGGGAUUCUCGCUUCUCCCCACUGAGAAUCCGAUUAAAAGCGAAACCAA